GUGGACCAAAUUUUGGUUGCCAAUUGAUAAUUAUUAUUAAUAUUGAUUUUUAUACCCCAAAUUGUUGUUAUGUCAAUUUAAGCCUAACCGCAACACCAACAACUGGUUCUUAUAUUGGUCGCCUGUAAAACAGUUGUUGGUGUUACUAUAUUCUUACAUAUAAGUAUACCAACAAAAUAACAGUACAACACAAUAUGGAUAAUAUUUGGUUUGAUAUUUUGUACCGUGAAUCAUAUAAAAAUAAACCAUCUGUGUAAAUAGAUAAACAUGGUUACGCUGCAAAAACCUAUUGGAUUCUGGAUUCUGAUUUUCGACCUACAAGUCAAGUCACAAGAAGAACAUUUUAGUUUCAAAAGCUGAACAAGUCGAUCAUUAUUGUUUAAGAAACGGCUCAACAGUCUUACAAUAAAAAUGAAUAUUGUUUUCUGUUUUUUCAUAUCACUUAUCUUGGUAAACGUUUCGGCAGACGUUAACAAAGAUGAAGAAACGAAAUAUCUCAGGGAGGUUCUAGUUGUAAACGAGACUAUGAAGAUUGCUGGAGCGGAUAAAUUGGAGAGUAUAAUUGAAAGUUUGGCUGUGGAUUUCGAGCAUUACAGUGAUUUCGCGUUACUUAAUUUUGGACUAGCUGUACCGGAUGUUAGACCCGAAGAAGAAUUAUUGGCCGAAUUGUCGAAAAAGCAGAGCCGAGUGGGAUGGUUUAUACGAUUUACAUAUAAAAUGAGAUUUCCAUAUCAUGUUGAUGAACGACAAGAUAUUAAAUAUGUAAGUUUGGAAGAACUUGCACGAGACAGAAGAAAUCUUACUGGACCGGUUAUAAGAACUAUAAUCCAACGCGAUUUAGAUGAACCCAUGCAGGAUAUACUGGACCAUGGCGCUCUGUUGCGGGCUUGUCGUUUGUUGGGAGUCUACACCAGUACAAGAUUUCCAAAAAAAUACAUAAGAAGUAUUGAUAUUGACUCCAUUGAAGAUACUUGUACACUGUGGAAUGGAAUUACAGAGAAAACAUACAAAAGGAUCGGUUGCAAAUGGGAGCAGAUAAGAGUACAAAACGAUAUAGCAUUAUCUACCUCGAUGCGUACAGUAGAACCUCGAUGAGAAAGAAGUUGAUUGAAUUAAGACAAGAAGUCAAUGGUAAAAACUUUUCUAGUUAUACAACACCAUUGGGUAUACUAUUUAAAUAAUAUUUCUAUACUACAUACUAAUAUCCUAAAUUUAUGUCGCACUAAUAGUUGUCAGCUAAUUUAAUGUGUUUAAUAAUAAACUGGAACGUGGAAAUUAUUGAUUUGUGUAACUUUAUGAGUAGGUAUUGCAGUUAGUAUCCAUCUUUGGAUUUUGUAUUCUACUUGAAGAUAUCUGCAGUUCGGAUAAACAUUAAUAAAAGGGGAAAGUAAUUAAAAAAAAAAAAGCAAGUACAGCCAGGGAAUAGAGGGAAUGAUGAUAAAAGCAUUGUAUCUGAAUCGUCAACAAGUCUGUGGUUGGCCGUGAAAUUCUAAAGACCCUGAAUUUGUCUAAUUUAGGUGCAUAUUAUUGUAACGCAAGCUUAAUAAAUUUUAUACAUGUCUACACUCAAACCAUUUUUUUUCCCAACGUGUACAGCACUCUUUAAAGGUGUUUCAAAUUUAGGUCACCAAUUGACAAUGCGUUAGGUUUUAUUUUUUACUCUGAAUUGAAACACAGGGUAAUAUAUUUUGCUAGGUCUUAUUUACCUUUAAAUCCGUAUCGACAUGAAAUCACAUGACAUGAGUGACAAUACACAUAGUAAAAAAUACUUAAUAACGGUCUAUGUGCUCAGAUUUUUUUGUACUAUGAAAUGCGUAAGCACAAAAAUGACUUAACUCCGAGCUUAUACACAAGUCGCAAGAAGAACAUUUUAGUUUCAAAAGCUGAACAAGUCGAUUGUUGUCCAAGAAAUUCCAACGGCUCAACAGUUUUUAUAGUAAGUAUUUACAUCAAACUUUAAAAAUUUUUACUUAAAAAGCCACGAGCUU